AUGACACUUGGCCGCCUUUUCAAGAAAAAAUACGACACCAGUAGGAAGAGAUACACUAAGUUUAAGAAGUUGCUUCAGAAUAGGACAGGGCUUGGGUUUGAUGACAUGGGAAGGAUUGAUAUGUCAGAUGAUUGGUGGAAUGAACGCGAAAAUAUGUGGUGUCAUGGGAUUAGAAAAUCCAUAUGCAAAGAGAUUGCUAAUACGGAUUUGUUUGAAGAAGAAUUUCGUGGUGUAGUUGUAACUGGAGCUGAAGGAUGGAGCGCUCAACAUGGAGAAGCAAGUUUGAAUUCUAGAGUGGGUGGAGAUGAUGGUGAUGAAGCUGAUUCUCAGCCAGGAGAAGAGACUCAAGCAUUUGGGACAGAAACUCAGCCACAAGCUCAGACAGAAACACAACGCCAAACUCAGCCAGCGGCUCAGACUCAUUCCGGAAGUUCAAGAGCCAAAAGAAAGCGUAAAGAGAAAGAUCUGGUUGUAGAAGCUUGUGACAAACGUACUGCAGCUCUGGAGGUGAAGAAUAGGAUAGCGGAACGGAUGUUGGAGCGUCAAGAAGCCUCUAGUGUUGAGAAUGUGUUAGAGAUACUGUACGCAUUGCCUGGAGUGAGAGAGUGGUCUCCAUUAUAUGAAGCAGCAAUGGAACAUCUUAUAGAUAAUGAAGGGAGUCGAAGGGCCUUUAUAACAAUGAAGACGGAUGAAGCGAAGAUUAAGUUUCUAGAGCUUAGGACUAAGAUCAAACGUGAUGAUUGACUAGUAUGGAGCUUAGGAUUAUUUUGUG